UAGGAGGGAGACUUUUUUACACUGCACAAAGCUGAGGGGAACACUCGUCGCUGAAAUGAGCCAGAGCCUUGGAGCACUCGCCGUGGAUUAAAAGGGGAAACUUUUAACGAGAUGGCUCUGAACGUGAAAAAGUAGCAGGAGAGCACCAGCACGCUAACCGCCGCCGCCAAACGGACCUUCUACUGCAAAGCAACUCCUAGUAGAUGCGCGGCCACUGCUGAAAAAUAUGCUCCAGCCGAGCCGCCUCAACCCCGGCUUCAGUCGCAAAUUCUCAGUGUUUUAACCAGUUUCGAGAGACAUUCGCCGCCUCCUGUUUGUUAGUUAGUUUUUUUCCCCCGUUUCUUACCUGUUAAUUGCGCUGUUCGAGUCCCCCCCUUCGACCCACCUGCGAGAGAGAAAUUAUGGCAGGGAAGCUGACAACAGUGCAGGGCACAGGAAUACUGCUGGUGACAGCCAACGUCGGAUCCCUGUUCGAGGAUCCUGAAAAUCUGCAGAAAACAUGGCUGAGGGAGUUUUACCAGACGGUGCAGUCCCACAAGCCUCACUUUUUGGCAGUGCACUGUCAAGAGGUGGGCGGGAAGAAUUACGAGGCGUCCAUGUCACACGUGGAUUGUUUUGUCAAAGAGCUGUUGUCCAGUGAUGCCAUGAAGGAGUACAGCAGAGCCCGCGUCUACCUCGAUGAGAACUACAAAUCCCAGGAGCAUUUCACAGCACUUGGAAGUUUCUACUUUAUCCACGAGUCUUUGAAAAACAUCCACCAGUUUGAUUUCAAAGCCAAGAAAUUCAGGAAGGUGGUCGGGAAGGAAACCUGCUCAGAGACACUAGAAAGCACACCCUCGCUGGAGAAGGAGAAGUUUCCACAGGACUACUUUCCCGAGUGCAAGUGGUCCAGAAAGGGAUUCAUCAGAACUCGAUGGGCCCUGGCUGACUGUGCCUUUGAUCUGGUCAACAUCCACCUUUUCCAUGAUGCUUCCAACCUGGUGGCCUGGGAGAAAAGCCCUUCGGUCUACUCUGGGACCAGGCAGAAGGCUCUGGGCUACAUUUUAGACAGGAUCGGGGACCAGCGGUAUGAGAGGUUGCCAUAUUUUUUCUUUGGGGACUUUAACUUCAGGCUGGACUCAAAGCAGGUUAUUGAGAGUCUCUGCUCCACUGCCACCAUGCAGACAGUCCGAACUGCCGACACCAAUGAAGUUGACAAGCUAAUAUUCCGAGAAAGUGAUAAUGACCGAAAGGUUGUUCUUCAACUUGAAAAGAAGCUUUUUAAUUAUGUCAACCAGGACGUUUUCCGGGAAAACAAUGGGACCUCACUUUUAGAGUAUGACAAAGAGCUGUCGGUGUUCAAGGAUCGGCUGCAUGAACUGGAGAUCUCUUUCCCACCCAGUUAUCCGUACAGUGAAGACUGCAAUCAGGGGAAGGAGUACAUGAACACCAGAUGCCCCGCCUGGUGUGACCGAAUCCUCAUGUCUUCUUCUGCCCGAGACCUGGUCUUAAAGCCUGAAAAUGAAGAGAAGUCUAUAGUCUAUGAUAACAUUGGGCCCAAUGUCUGCAUGGGGGACCACAAGCCUGUCUUCCUGUCCUUCCGAAUAACAGCGGGGGCAGGUAAACCUAAUGCAAAUAAGCACAAGUGUUGUGUGGUGCAGUGAUGUCGUGGGAAGUGUUGCCAAAGGGGGGAGAAGAUAUUCCGUGAAGCACCUCUAUGAGAACACAAGGAGAAACAAACAGGACACCAACAUACACACACAUUUCUAUAUGUACACGCACACACACACAUACACACACCCACACAUAUAUUCACACACUUUGCACAAUCUUACACUGAAGAACCUACACAAACUUUUCAGCAGUGCUGAUCAGUUGCAGUUGUCCUGACACCUCAUUCAUACGAAAACCCAGUCGUUUUCUCUCCAUAAAACACUUGUUGAGAUGUGGACUAGCACCCGAGGGCCCGGCUCCAGACAAGACACACAUCGCUGACCUCACCGUUGCCAUGCAACCCCAUUCCCCAGAGAGAAAGAGAGCGAGAGAGAGGGAGAGAAAGAAAAAAAAGAAAAAGAAAAGGACGGACGACUCUUUUUUCCAUGCCACAGCCUCGUUGCCAAAACUCUAAUUGAAAUCAGUCCUACUACAUACUUUUAGACACCGUACUCGCCAUUUUUAGGUAUGCCUCUAUGUAUAGAAGCUACUUUCCAUACAGUAUGUAAGGUGUUUUAAAAAAAGAAAAGUGCAAUGCAAAAAAAGUUGUAUAUCUAUAUUGUUAGGUUUAUUUGUACAUUGGACAGUAUAACAUAGAGUUGUUGAUGGUUUUAGUGCCGUUCUCUUUUCCGACCAAACUUUGUGGUCCCUUUUUUUUUUUUUUUUUUUUUUUGACUAGAUGCAUCUUUUCGGUUUAUUUCAACUGUUUCUAUAUAUAUUUUUAGUUUUGUUUUGUUUUGUUUUUGAGUUGUUGUUGUGUGCACAACACACUGCCAUGCCUGACACAUCAGUUGAGUCUCAUUUUAUAUACUGUACUUUUUAAAAGAGAUAAUUUAUAAUUCUUACCAAAAUGUUUAUGCUGAAGCGUGCUGGAGGCAGUGCGACUGUCUGGUUGCUUCUGCAGCCACAGUGACCUUUCUGAAUAAGUCAGUACAAGAGAGGAGAGAAAACAGAGCAACUGUUCAGCCAACGUGAUUUAUUGCCUAUCCAAGAAUGUUUUAAGCAGUGCCAUAGACCAUGCAAGUAUAUAAGAUAAUGUUUCAUAUAUAGCACUCUCACAUUAUUUCAUUAUUAUUCUUACUCUAACUUAUUUCUACUUAAUAAUAUUAUGGUUCUGAAUGUGAUAUUUUAGAUAGGCUUGGGUAUCUUUAAAAUGUAAACUUUUUUUUUUUUUUUUUGGUCUAUUUUUGUUACUGCAUUAUGGUGCCAAGUAUCCUACACAGACAUGAAAAUGUGUAAGAGUUAUUAAAUACUUAAGUCAGACGGUUAAAAGGUAUUGAUUAUAAAGUGUAAAAAAUAAGAAUAGAUAAACUCUAAAUGCGGGGAAAGACCAGGAAGACUUGCUUUUUAUCUGUUUUCUAUGUAGCCUUCAUUGCAAAUAAUUUGAGCAUUAAAUGAGGCGAUGGAAGACGGCUGUUUAUGAAACGCCAGCGUUUCUUUUUAUCGAUUUCAUUUACUACACUACAGAUUUCAGACUGUGUGAAGCCGUCAGAUUGAUCCUCAGUGAUUUUUUUUUUCUUUCAUCUAAAUCACCGCAAGUGGAAAUGAUUUUGUGCCUGCCGCAGAAUUUAUGUUUUUUUCUUGUGUGAUUUGGUUUCGUAGGCAAAAAGUACAACAAAAAAAAAGAUAAAAAGAAAAAAAAAGAAGCAGCCCUGCUUGUUUUUGUUCUAGCUGGUCAUUGUGAGUAUACUGUAGGAGUAAUAAGCCGCAGUUUUUUUUUCCUUCACUCCAUCUUAUAAAAAAAAGCAGAUAGAGAUUUUAUUCUAGCCCCUCUGGACGGCCUGGCCUCUACUGUAGGUGAUGCAGUUCUCAAGCAAUAAAAAACCAUUAGAGCUCAACGGCUGUUUGUCCUCAUUUGACCUCUUUGACUACAAUACGAUUCAUUAAGGAGCAUCACAUACUGUAGUCAUUCAACCUUUCUGCUUUCUGUCACGCAGCUUUUAAUUGACCGAUGAUACAAACGUCAACGAAAAUUAAUAUAACGCCUAUUUUGUCUAAUAGUCCCGCAGGAUAUUUUAGUAGGAAUCCAAUUUUGCACAUAAAUAUGACCAAUUCAUGCUUUCAUAUAUUUGGAGGCCCUUUAACACAGUUAUAUAGGCUAUGGCUUAAAUCAUAUAAAUGUAUAUAAAGCUACUCAUAGCAUGCGGAGUGUUAAGUGUGUAAUGUAAGAUUAGAAGAUUUGGCUUGAAUUAACUUCUCCAAAAUGUAACUAUUCAAUAGGCUAAAUUUCAAUAAUAAUCUCAUAAAAGAUUCAAUACAAACACACACACUAUUAUGUCUAAAUGUAUAUACAGGCUAUACGAAAUACAUUUCUAAAUAAGCAUCAUUUCACUUGUUGAAAUAUGAAUGUCAUUGUUUAUCUUAUAGUGGUAAAUCUAAAGAGUUACCUUUGCAUAUUGGGAGUUUGUAUCGUAUUUUUUUUUUCAUUCUGAAUGACAUAUAGAUUAUCACAAACUCUUAAAUGGGAUUAGAUUUUUAUGAGUGCUAAUUUCUGAUUGGCUGAAUCCAAAUGACACGGUGCAUAAAGCUCCCAUUGAUUCAACCUACAGAGCAUUACAGCUGUAAUACUUGAUUAAGGACAGAGGGGGAGCACUUUGUUUUUAAUCCAGCGUUACACCAUAUUGCUGGAUUUGAUUUGAACACAAAUCCAUAACUGUUUAACAGCAGCUAUUAUAAACCCAUAAUCGAUAAUUUACUUGAAUGUAUUUACAAUAAAUUCAAGUAGAGGUCAAAGUGCUGGAGGCCUGGACUAUAUAAAGUUCCUCCAGCAUGAGUCUGCAGGAAACAUGAGUGCUAAAUAAAAGUAGUAGAGAGGCUAUUUUCUGCUUUGAUUCCCUGCAAUUACUAAACAGCUGCUCCUUUAAUAAUAGCAAUUGUAAUAAUGAAAAUAAUAAUAGUUUACCAAUAUCUAUCAUUUUAUCAUGUGCAACAAUAAUAAUGCCAUAUACAUGUUCUAUUACUUGAUGUAACCUGAAGUUAAGUUAAAAUCUCCUUUUUGUUUUGUUUUGGUAAAAAUACAUCAACUAAAUUAAAUAAAUUGUUGUGUCGUUAUUGUUCUUCAGGUCUCUCACAGCACAUCAGCAUCAAUUACCAAUA